GCCACCGACGUUUCCUUCAAAACCCUUUCUCACAUUUCCGGUGACAAUAUCUCGUGUUCUCUAUUAUUCCCAAGGACGGAGAGAGAGAGAUUAUGAAGAUGGUGGUAAAUCCAAAGUUAUCGCCAGCGAGUUCUUCAAAUCGGAAGAAUGCAGAAUUUUGAAGAUGAGGAUAUGUUGCGGAAGAUAUCAAUUUGCCUAAGCCAAAUUUUAGUCCUAAAUUUUGAAAUUUAAGAAAAAAUGAAGAUAUUUGCAGUAAAAAAAUAAUAAUUCUCCCAGGUAGUAGAAAUAAAACAGAAGAAGCUGCGUCGCCUGAGAGAUUCGAACUCUCGCGGGGGAACCCCAUGUACUUAGCAGGCACACGCCUUAACCACUCGGCCAAAGCGACGCUCGUAUUUUUCCUUGGAAAUGUUUAUAUAUGUACUUUAAACAAACCGGCGGACCGCAAAAGCCCAACGACCGAUGGGUCCCAUUGAUCUAACGCCACCCAAUCCCCCUCCUUUCCCCCCCUGUGGUGGAGAGGAGCCUGAUCUCCAUUGUCAAUCCCUCCACCGCCGCGGCCACCCUCCGCCUCCUCUAUGGCCUCACCCGCCACUACCUCCGCCGACGUUACCGGCCGCGCCGCCGCAACUGGCGAGCUGCAUCAUCUCCAGACUCACUGGUGUCACGAAUGCGACAUGAGCGUCUUCCUCCUCCGCCCUCCCACUCCUUCCCCAGCGCGCUGCCCUCACUGCAGCUCCGACUUCCUCGUGCAAAUGGACUCUUUUGCCCCUCCUCCUCCUCCUCCUCCGCCGCACAACCUCAGCUCCAAUAGCCCUACUCUCGCUCCCUUAUUCGCGGAUCACAACGCGACUCUCAUCCCCUCCGAUGAGAAUUUCCUCCUCGACAGCGUUUCUCUCAACCGCCUUAUCCGCAGUAUGGCCACCACCAACGAGGCAUUCACCACCGCCAGCCGCCACCAUAACCCUACCUCAAGGUCAGCUAUACAAUCGCUCCAAAUCUUAGAAAUAGACUCUUCAAUUUUGGAAAGGGAUCCGAUUUUGCCCUGUCCGAUUUGCAAGGACCAGUUCCUGGUAGACAUGGAAGUUAAAUUGUUGCCGUGUAAGCACAUGUACCAUUCCGAUUGCAUUUUACCUUGGUUGGAGAUUAACAAUUCGUGCCCGGUCUGUCGGUUCCUGCUUCCUCCACGGGAAGAUGAGGACUGUGAGGAUGACAGUUUUCCUAGAGGAGAUAACUUCAUAGGAUCAAUGAGACUUGAAGAGUUGAUGGAUGAUGACGAAGAAGAGUUUUUUCGAUUUCAAAGUACUAUAAGGCGUAUUGUACAGAUGAGUGAGACCGUCUCCACGAUGAGUGGAGAGAGGGAUGAAGCUGUUGUACACAUUGAACGGAGGCAUCAUAGUAUGAUGGAGGGUGAUGGCACGAGUGAAGUCUUUCUUCGUUCUCCCACACAAUUUGGGGAAGCUGAUCUAGAGGUUGGAGUUGCUCGAAGGGCUGCCAGUGUGGAGACUGUUUCUAGUAUCCCGUGUUUCCCUGUGGAUAAUGCCUGUGCUGGGGAUGUUGGUGUUUGCAGUAAUAGUUUGGAUGAAGCAGAUGCUGCAGUGAGGUCAUGAAGUAAAGCCAGAAAGAUGAUGUGUUGAUGGCCUGCUAUAAGGAGUCGGUUUAUGAGAAGGAAUAAAACGGUCACCCUGCAGAACCUGUGGCGACAUCGAUGAUUGUAAAGGUCACAGUGAAACAUAAUCUUCUGUUUGUGAGUGAACCCUUUGCUUUGCUUUGUGAGUUCUUUUAGGCUGUGUGUAUAAUAUGAUGUUGUGUUGUGAUGGCUUUGGUUGGAGUGGCUUAUAUAAUAAAAUGAACUCUUCUCAUGUUCUUGAAAGUAUCUUUUUUUUUUGUGUGUUUCGAUAUUAUUUCCUUUUCCCCUAGGGAAUAAAAUGUGGUUGGCAUUGUUUUAUAAAUUUGAAUCAUGUAU